CUUUUUGGACAGCACGCUCCAGCGCCUCAACAGCGAUGUGCUCUGUUUGCUUUUUCUGACACAAAUAAAGCUGGAGCUCUGCCAGGCAGAAAGGGGAAGGAAGCCAGGGAAAAAAAGAACCCAUGGUGUGAGGAAUGUCUUUUGCAGAAGUGCCUGAGGGGGAAAAAAACAACAAAGGAGAGCUGGGAGUCUCCGGGAGAGUCGGCCAGUCCAUCCCAGCAAGGCUCAGCAUCUCUGCUCCUCCAGGACAAGCUCUGGGCUCCUCUCAAACCUUCCCGAGGUUCAAAGAUGAAGACAGUCCAGAGGAAUAUAAGCGUAUUCCAGCAAACUAAAAUUCUCCUGUGGAAAAAUGUCCUGAUCAAGUGGAGGAUGAAGAUGCAGAGCUUUCAGGAGUGGAUCCUGUCCCUGCUCUUCCUGCCCCUGGUGUUCAUGGUGGCCUCUCUCAUGCACCAGAGCCACUAUGCCGAGGUGCCCUUCACCCUCCUGGGCCACCUGGACGACCCUGCCUUCAACGCCACCGGGGCCACCGUCACCUUCACCCCCGCCACGGCCACCACCAGGCACAUCAUGAGCAGGGUGGCCUCCAGCUCCGUCAUGAAGGGUAUAAAUCUAGAGGAAGUGGAGGAUGAGAGAGCCAUGAAGAAAGCCUGGAUUUCAAAUGAGGAAAUUAUAGGAGUUGUAUUUAAGGACAACUUCUCCUACCACCUCAGGUUUCCUUCCUCCCACAUGGUUAUUCCCAAUGAAGUCGUUGGAGAUGUAGACAGCUGCCAUAACUUCUCCUGGGAGUACUGUGAGAGCCCAAGGUACUGGUACAAAGGCUUCCUGUCCCUGCAGUCCAGCAUUGAUGCUGCCAUCAUAGAGAUGGUGACAAACCAUUCUGUUUGGGAAGAGAUGAAAUCCAUUGCUGGCGUCAGGAUGAAGUCCCAGAGCAUCCUCUUCUCCAUCAGCCUGGAGUACAGUUACUUCAUGGUUGUUAUUGUGAUGUGCUUCUUACCCUUCAUGUAUUUCUUAUCAAGGCAUGUCACACGAGAAAAGAAGCAGCUCAAAGUGUUGAUGAAGACCAUGGGGCUGCAGGACAUUGCAUUUUGGCUGUCCUGGAGUUUGCUGUACUCUCUGUACGUGCUGCUCUUCUCCUGCCUGCUGACAGCCCUGCUGCUCAGGGAGCCCUUCUACACCAGCAGCUUCCCUGCAGUCUCACUCCUCCUCUUCCUCUACGGCCUGGCCUGUAUCCACCUGGUUUUCAUGCUCAGCUCCCUCCUAAAGACUGCCAAGCUUGUCAGCUCCAUGGGCUUCCUCAUCAUCUUCAUCUUUGGCUUCCUGAGCCUGGCAGUGCUGAUAGAAGAGGUCCCCGAGCCGCUGAAGUGGUUUCUUGGUCUCCUGUGUCCUUUUGCAUUCAACACUGGCAUCGCCAAGAUUUUCCAUUUAGAGAAAUAUGAAAUAGGUUUCUCCUUUUCCAACCUUAUGGAGGAAGCACACUUUUUAUUUUCAACAUACAUACUGCUGGUGUUUGACUCGGUCUUGUACAUGCUGCUGGCUCUGUAUUUCGACAAAAUUCUGCCAGGCAAAUAUGGGAUGCCAGACCCUCCCCUGUUCUGCCUGAAGGCCUCGUACUGGAUGAGGAGCAGGAGAGGCUCCACCAGGGACGUGCCCAGAGCCUCAGCAAACCCUGAGGAGCAGCUUGGGGAUGAUGUGGAGCCCGUGCCCCCCGAAUUCCUGGGGAAAGAGGCCAUCAGGAUCCACAAUAUUAAAAAAGCCUAUAAGAAGAAGGACAAGAAGACAGAAGCUUUAAGAGGCCUGUCUUUAACCAUUUAUGAGGGUCAGAUCACUGCCUUGCUGGGCCACAGUGGGGCUGGCAAGACAACGCUGCUGAAUGUGCUCAGUGGGCUCAGCUUCCCUUCAGAAGGCUCUGCCACCAUCUACAACUACAAACUGUCUGAAAUGGGAGACAGGGAGGAGAUCAGGGGCUUGGUGGGGAUUUGCCCCCAGUUCAACUCGCACUUCGAGGUCUUGACAGUGAGAGAAAACCUGAAAACUUUUGCUGAAAUCAAGGGCAUCAAGUCCAAAGAGGUGGAGCAAGAGGUGGAGAACAUUCUGGAACUGCUGGAUAUCAGCAACAUUCAAGACACUCAAGCUGAAAAACUGAGUGGUGGACAGAAAAGGAAGUUAUCCAUUGGAAUAGCCAUGCUUGGAAACCCCCAGGUUUUGCUGCUGGACGAGCCCACAGCAGGGCUGGAUCCCCUCUCCAGGCACCAGGUGUGGAGCCUGCUGCGGGAGCGGCGCGCGGGGCGGGCGAUCCUCUUCAGCACCCAGUUCAUGGACGAGGCUGAUAUCCUGGCAGACCGCAAGGCUUUUAUCUCGCACGGGAGGCUGAAGUGUGUGGGCUCUUCUCUGUUCCUGAAGAAAAAAUGGGGGAUUUGCUAUCAUUUAAGGAUCCAUGUCAGUGAGUCCUGUGACCUGGAGAAUCUGACAUCCCUGGUGAAAGGGCACAUCCCCAAUGCCACCUUCUCAGGACACACCCAAUAUGAACUGAGAUAUAAACUGCCCUUAGAAAAUGUGAAUAAAUUCCCAGAUCUGUUCAGCGGCCUCGACAGCUGCUCUGAGCAGGGAAUUAUCAACUAUGGAGUCAGUUUGACCACCCUGGAGGAUGUGUUCCUGAGGCUGGAGGGAGAAGCCACGGCUGAUCCAGAAGACGAUCCCAUCCCUGGGGAGGAGUGGGGAGCAGCAGCGGGGAGCCCCGAGGAGGCGCGGCCGUGCUCGCAGCUGCUCGCAGACCCCAGCACAGCACUGAGGCAGGAGCUGGCCCUCUGGAGGCAGCAGAGCUCUGCCAUGGCACGGGUGCACUUCCUGCAGCUCAAGAGCUCGGUGAAGAACCUGCGCUCCAUCCUGCUGCUCUACGCGGUUUUCCUGCUUCCUCUGGUGUUGCAGCUGUGCGUGGUGGCUGGCUGGCAGAGCGUGAGUGCCUGGCAGCUCUCUCCUGAGCGCUACUUCUUGCCCCUGGGGAGGAGACCCCACCUGGACGCCACCACCCUCCUGGUCUACAACCACACAGGCACAGGCAUUGACGACUUCAUCCAUGUGCUGCAGAGCCAGGAUCUUACAGUGGAAAUGGCAAAGGAGGAAAAUAUCACGGAGGAACUCCAACACAACGGGGCUAUAAAAGUGUCCCGCAAAGGUCAGAGCUACAGGUUCACGGUGCUGUGCCACUUGGAGGCCAUCAACUGCUUCCCAGUGCUGGUGAACGUCAUCAGCAACACCCUGCUGAGAACCCUCAACUCCACCGAGCACAUCCAGGUCUGGAGCCACCCCUUCUUCUCUCCAGAGAAUGACACUGGUAUCUUCAUCAUAUGGUACCAAAGAAAAAUUCAUCUCGUAGCACUUCAGAAAAGGCUAGGGGGCACAGGCAUUGACGACUUCAUCCAUGUGCUGCAGAGCCAGGAUCUUACAGUGGAAAUGGCAAAGGAGGAAAAUAUCACGGAGGAACUCCAACACAACGGGGCUAUAAAAGUGUCCCGCAAAGGUCAGAGCUACAGGUUCACGGUGCUGUGCCACUUGGAGGCCAUCAACUGCUUCCCAGUGCUGGUGAACGUCAUCAGCAACACCCUGCUGAGAACCCUCAACUCCACCGAGCACAUCCAGGUCUGGAGCCACCCCUUCUUCUCUCUGUUUCAUCGAGGAUACUGGGAUUAUUUUAUGUCUUUUUACGUCAUUUACAUGCUGCUGUUGUUCCCUGGUUUUCCUCCUCACUUUGCAAUGGGCUACACGCAGGAUUGCAAGGCAGGAGCUCGUGCCCAGCUCAGGAUCUCAGGGCUCUUCCCCUCAGCCUACUGGUGUGGCCAGGCACUGGUGGACAUCCCACUCUGCUGGAUCCUGCUCUUCUCCAUGUUUGGGCUCCAGUUUGCCAUAAGCAACAAGGUUUCUGGCAGUGCCAGCACCUUCUUCUUGCUGGUCACGGGGAUGUUGGGUUAUGGGAUUUCCCUCGUUCUCUUAAUGUACCUGAUCUCCUUCAACUCCCGCAAAGGAUGGAGCUGUGAUCUUUGGUCUUUUAUCCUGAUACUGGUGUGCUUUAUUACUUUUUUCAUCGACAGAGUCGUCGAUCACAUCGACAGCUCCAACAUCACCUUCUACAUUUUGUCCCUCCUGGUUCCUUUGUACCCCCUGAUGGGUUUUGUGUUCUACUGCCUGCACAUUUUCAUGGAGGACUCUGAGAUGUUUAGUGUGCCUUCAGACAGUCAUAUCCCGUUUGCUGCCUUUGCACCUUACAUCCACUCUGUGGUGUUCAUCCUUCUUCUUCGCUUUUUGGAGUUAAAAUAUGGAAAAGCAGUGCUGAGACGGGACCCAAUAUUCAGGAUUUCCCCAAGAAGAGAAAGUGGCCAGCAGCCCCCUAAGGUGCUCGAGGAGGAAGAUGAAGAUGUCAGAGCUGAGAGGGAAGCAGUGAGAAAUGCUGUGGUGGCUCCGAGGCACGAGGAGAAAUCAGUCAUUAUAGUCAACAAUCUGUGCAAGGAAUAUGAAAUAAAGCAAGCUGGCUCAUUUUUUAAGAAGAAGAAGAAAGCAGCCACCAAAAACCUUUCAUUCUGUGUUAAAAAAGGGGAAGUGUUGGGACUUCUGGGGCCCAACGGAGCAGGGAAAAGCACAGCUAUCAAAAUGAUCACUGGAGAGACAGCCCUGACUGCUGGGCAGGUGCUGAUGAAGAGGGGAGGUGGAGGAGGCUCCCAGGAGCAGGCUCCUGCAUUCCUGGGGUACUGCCCCCAGGAGAACCCCCUGUGGCUGGACCUGACCCCGCAGCAAAUUGUGAUUGGUCUGCAGCUUCAAGACUACUUAAACAAAAAAGUCAGAAAACUACCUGCUGGGAUAACCAGAAAGCUGUGUGUGGCACUGUCCAUGCUGGGCAACCCCUCCGUGCUGCUCCUGGACGAGCCCUGCACUGGCAUGGAUCCCAACGGGCAGCGCCGUGUCUGGAAAGCAAUCCGGGAUGCCCUGAAAGCCAAGGAGUCAGGAGCCAUCCUGACCACGCACUACAUGGAGGAGGCAGAGGCCGUGUGUGACCGUGUGGCCAUCCUGGUGUCCGGCCAGCUCCGGUGCAUUGGCUCCAUCCAGUACCUGAAGAACAAGUUUGGCAAAGGAUACCUCCUGGAAAUCAAGGUCAAGGAUGCAGAGAGCACUGAUGUUCUGCACGCUGAGAUUCUGAAGAUUUUCCCGGGUGCAGCCCGCCAGGAGAGGUUCCCCUGCUUGCUUGUCUACAAGGUCCCAAUGAAAGAUGCACUGCCCCUGUCCCAGUCCUUCUCCAAGCUAGAGGAAGCCAAGCAGAGCUGCAGCCUCGAGGAGUACAGCUUCUCCUUGAACACUCUGACUCAGGUGUUUCUGGAGCUCUCCCGAGAGCAGGAAAAGGAUAAUUUUGAUCUGACUUUGGAUGGGACUUUCGACUGGAAACAGCUGCAGCAGGAGGACUGUUAAAUGCUCAUUUCUGCAGGGCUCAGUAUUAACCAAACUGCACACAUUUCCUGCCACUCCCCGUGCACCAGGGCGAGGGGAACAGGCUCCCCUCUGAUGCAGAUGCUCCUCCUGCUCUCUGCAGGGUCCCAGCCCUGCUCCAAGCUGCCCUUCCCAAGGCUGCUUGGUAAAACAGUGCCUGCUCUGGUGAGAGCUCUGAGCCAGGCAGGAUGAAGCAGAAGGACAGAAAGCUUUGCAGAAAGAAGGGUCCUAAUCCAUCUCUGGAGGUCAAAUCUCUCUGGAUCUGGGUGCAUCAGGGAAUCUGGACAUGCUGCCACCUCCUGGGUUCCUGUCCCACCAAUGUCUGGGACUAUGUGCCUACAAGGUGUUCUUACUGGAAUUUGCACUCUGUUUUUUAUACCCUUCCAAUAAAUGUCUCUAUAGGAACUGCA